CCGGAUGAAGGCAGUAAACGGGGCUACACUUACAGAGAGCUUCAAGGCAGCGGAUCACACUAAGAGACUUCCUCUCGGCAGAAUGAGGGUUUUGCUCGCUGUCUCCGCUCUUGUGGUUGUGGCCGGUGCAGCCAGUGUUUCUCUGGAGGAUCAGGAGUUCCACACCUGGAAACUGAAGUUUGGUAAGAGUUAUGGUUCAGUGGAAGAAGAGACUCAGCAUAAGAUGAUGUGGCUGGACAAUCGUAAGCUGGUCCUGGAGCACAACAUACUGGCUGACCAGGGCAUCAAAAGCUACAGACUCGGCAUGAACCGCUUUGCAGACAUGGAUAACCAGGAGUACCAGCAGAUGUUUAAGGGCUGCCUGGGAUCCCUCAAGGAGUGUGAGAUUGAUAAUGCAACUACAUUCUUCCAACCGGUAGAGGGUGCUGCUCUGCCCAGGACUGUGGACUGGAGGAAAAAAGGCUAUGUAACCGAGGUUAAGGACCAGUGUCAUUGUAUGGCCUGCUGGGCUUUCAGUGCGGGGGCACUCGAGGGUCAGAUGUUCAAGAAGAAAAGGAAGCUGGUAAGCUUGAGCGUGCAACAGCUGGUCGACUGCUCCUGGUAUUUUGGAAACCAUGGCUGUAAAGGUGGUUGGCCGCAUUGGGCCUUCAAGUACAUCAAGUCCAGUGGAGGCCUGGAGACAGCGAGCGCCUAUCCAUAUCAGGCCAAGGAAGGGAAAUGCAGGUAUGACAAUCAGAGAGCAUGGGCUAAGUGCUCUAACUAUAAAAGAGUGAGGCCCAAAGAAAAGGCUCUGAAGAACGCUGUGGCCACAGUCGGACCUAUUUCUGUGGCUAUAGACGCCUCGCAACACAGCUUCCAGCUCUACGAGUCAGGUGUGUAUGAUGAGCCGAACUGCAGCAGCACUAACCUGACUCAUGCCGUACUGGCUGUUGGUUAUGGCACUGCCAAAUCCAGAAAGGACUACUGGCUGAUCAAGAAUAGCUGGGGUACUGUGUGGGGUGAUAAAGGCUACAUCAAGAUGUCCAGAAACAAGAGGAACCAGUGUGGUAUUGCCACAUAUGCUUACUACCCUGUGGUUUAAAGACUGGAGAGAGAGCCUGAACACCCCAAGAAAGAGGUUACAGUCUGGAAAGAAUUUAUUCACCAGUGCAGCAAAAAAGUUUUCUUUUGACAUUUAUCUCUGAAUUGCCU